UAUGUCAAGAUGCAAGCGAAAGAGGUUUUUGCCUAGAUGCGCGAGAGGGAUGAGCGGCCUGGAACGCGAUGACCGAGGCGGAUCAGGCCAAGGAGCUCUUCGAUCGGAUGGACCACCGGUGCUGGAACUCCUGGGACACGCUGCUUCAGGGGUUUGUGGCCGAUGGAUCCGUGGAGCACGCCAAGGAUCUGUACGAUCGGAUGUCCCAGGACGGGGUUCACCGUGGACGUUGAUGAUUCAAGAAUUUGCCCAAAGCUGGCAUUUUGAGAAUGCCAAGGACAUUUUCACUCACAUGGCACAGAGCGAUGUGAUUGUGUGGACUGUUUAUCUGGCCGUGUUCUCGAAGGAGGGAAUAUUUUACUUUGCUACAGGAGUUUUCGAGAGAAAAUUACAGGCAAAUCUUGUCUCUUGGGCUGCAAUCGUUGCAGCAAAUGCCCAAAACGGGGAUCUUGGACGCGCGAAAGAGCUGCUUGAUUGCAUGCCCGAAAGCACUGUCUUCUUCCUGCCCUCUUCGACUCAAUGCAGGAAAGAGAUACUCUUGGACCGCGCUCGCAACAGUUAAUGCCCACGCGGGGCAUCACGCCGCCGUCCAGCUGCUCUUCACAUCGAUGCUGCUCGACGGGAUCAAGCCGGACGAGCUGACGUUCGUGUGCCUGCUCUCGUCGGUGGCCUACACGGGCAUCCUGGACGAGGUCCGAGAGAGGUUCAUGGCAAUGGUGGCGGACAAUUUCGUGGCAGCACUACUGCUGCCUCAUCGCAGCGCUGGCGAGGGCGGGGAGGCUGGAUGACACUCUUGUCAGCGUCAAGAAACGACACUGAUUUGGUGCGUGGGCGUCACGCAGCGCAGCAUGUCAUGAGGAUCAAACCGCAAGACUCCGCAUCGUACGUGCUGCUCUUCAACUUCUACACUCAGCAAGCUCUGAAAAUGUAGUAAUGAAAUAGACUAGCAAGCUCUGAAAAUGGAAAGAGCGAAAACGAUUUUACGCCGUUGCCGGGGAUCGAACCCGGGUCGUCCGCGUGACAGGCGGAAAUACUCACCACUAUACUACAACGACUUUUGCUUGUGUAAUCUGGAUUAUCAGGGGUCAAACUAGUCGGAACAAACUGGAAUGUUUAUCUGAUAACGUACGGCACUUUCAUUGCAGUAAGACGCGUGUGUUUGUAUCCGUCUCCUUCGCAAUGAGUCUCUUGCUAGUGCGCUGCAAUCUUUCAUUUGGAUCCAUCGAUGUCUUUUGCAAUGAGUCCCUUGCUCGCGAUCGCUCUGGGCGUCCCGGCACUCACAGCGCUCUUCUACCUAUGCAAUCGCCUCCACUUGGCUAGGAGCGCGAAACUGGACGAAGAAGCCAGGAGCAUUCUAAUGGCGCAGCCCCGUGAGCGCGCUCCAUAUCCAUCUCCGCCAAGGCAAGCGCAGUUCUACCAAGAAGAAUGGACUGACGAGGAAGACGAUGAUUUCGAGGGAGCUGGGCCACUACAAACCUGUAUUCCAUCCAGGAUGUAUGCGAUCUCACCACAAGAACUUCAAUGUCGGUGUGGAUCUCUCGCAGUAACCAAAAGAGGCAAUGAAUGACGAGCAGGCAAUGGAUGAGCCGGGACGAGCUUUUGCUUCGUUUGCAGUCGUGCAGGGACUUACGGGCAGCCGAGGCGCUCCACGCCCGCGCUCGAUCGAUCGCCCGCCAUGAGGAUAUAUUCCUUCUCAACCAUGUCAUCCAGAUGUUUGGCAACUGCGGCGCUGCCUACCAUGCACGGCUCGUCUUCGAUGCCAUCGAGCCCAAGGAUUCCUUUUCCUGGGAUUUCAUGCUCAUUGCCUACUCACGCAGCUCCCGGUUGCGAGAGGCUAAGGCCUUGUUCGAUGCGAUGCCCCGGUGGAAUCUCGUCGCCUGGAACGUUAUGCUGUGCCUGUAUGCCCAGACUGGGCAUUUGGAGGGCGCAAAGAACCUCUUUGAUGGGAUGCAAAGCUACGACCUUGUAUCGUUAAAUGCCUUGAUUUCUGCUUACGCUAUCAAUGGCCACACUAUAAAGGCUAAAGAGUUGUUUGAUUCCAUGCCUUUAUGGGAUAUCAUAUCGUUUACAACCAUGUUUACAGCUUAUGCCCAGAGCAGGCAUCAUGGAAUCAGCGAUAUUUUGCUUGAUUUCAUGCCGGAGUGGGAUAUGGUGUCACUGACAACUGUGGUAUCAUCUAGCAAUGUUAAGGAUGCAGAGAGAGCAUUCGAUCAAAUGCAACAGACGGAUGUAGUCUCCUGGAACGCUCUUUUGACGGCAUAUGCCCAACAUGGUUACCUUUCCCGAUGUGAACGGACCUACUUACAAAUGCCUGAACACGAUACAGUAUCACACAAUGUUAUGCUGGCAGUGUACACGUCUUUUAGAUGCAUUGAAGAUGCAAAAUGCAUCUUUGACGCUAUUCCAGCGUUGAGCUUGGCAUCUUGGAACACACUUCUUGCCGCAUAUGCCCAAAGUGGGUAUCUGGAUGAUGCAGAACGUUUGCUGGAAAACAUGCCUGCUCCCGACUGCGUGUCGUGGACAGUAAUGCUUUGUGGCUAUACGCAGCACGGCCGCCUCCAUGACGCGCUAAUCCUCUUCCACGGAAUGCCCGAGCGCGAUCUCGUCUCUUGGAACGCAGUGUUGUGGGCAAUCACGCAGCACGGGGAUCUGGAUGCUGCGAGAAAGUUCUUUGAGCAAUUUCCGACGACGAAUCUCGUGUCAUGGAGCACUCUCCUCACGGCAUACGCACAGAGGGGGCGUUCCAAAGACGCGAUUCAGCUGUUUGAUGCGAUGAAGCUGUGUGAGGAGCCGGACGAGGUGUGCUUCGUUUCGGCAAUCUUGGCUUGUAGCCAUGGUGGCAAGGUCCAUGCCGGGAGGGCGUGGUUCGUGUCCAUGGCCUUUGAUUUCGAGCUUGAGGCUACCAAGCAGCACUACUGCUGCAUGGUGGACUUGCUCGCCCGGGGUGGCUAUUUGGACGACUCCAAGGAGCUCAUCCACGACAUGCCUUUUGUUCCCGAUUUCCUGGAGUGGACGUGCCUUCUCGGGGCCACCAGGAGCAGCCCUCGCAAAGAAAGCUUGAGAGAAAUGCGAAGAGCGUUUGAUCUGGAGCCGGAGAGUGCUGCAUCGUAUGUGCUGGUGGCAAACGCGUCCACUCCAAUGAAGUGAAUUGUCACCAAAUGAUUUUGUUUCGCGAUCAACACCACUAGCAUGCUAUUCACCCCGGCUGCUUCAUGAGAAUGUUAACGCCCAGAGCGCAAUGUUGCAACUCCUUGGGAUCGGAGAUGGAGUUUGGCCUUGAGCUUGAGCUCGCCAUCUCAACACACACAUAUCUCUCUUUGUUCUCUAUGACUACAUCCUGCUGUCGAUUCAAGCAUUUACACAAAACAGGCAUUUUUAAAUACCAGCACAAUCUUACAGCCGUGUCUGCUGCAUUCUUUUCCUUGCUUCCCGAAUGUCAAGAAGGUCCACUUAAAACAUGGUGGUGGAACUUUAUAGACAUUUUAUAUAAAACUGGCCCCCAUAUUUGCAGCAAAUGAAUGCCACACUUUGACUGUUUGCAUAAGCGCACCAAAUCUAUAUGAAACUCUAAGCCACUAAA